AUGCGAACUUGGUCUAUCAACUACCUGUUUGCCCCUGGAGCUGAAGGCUCGCUGGAUAAUUCUCCCGCUAAAGUAUGCCAGUCGGCCAGUUAUGAAAUACAAAGCUUGGAAAAGGCCUUUAUCAGGUCAGCGACGCGGGCAAUUUGA